GUGACUAUAGCAGACAAUAGUGGUGAAAGAAAGCGAGAAGUGGUCGUGUGGUGUUAAUGAUGUGUUAGGUUAAAUGUGACGAGGAAGUAUUAAGAAAGCAAGACACAGUAUAAGUGUGAACUGGGGCAAAUGCUUUGUGUAUUUCUCUGAGCAGUGAUCCUCCUGUUUUGACUGAAUAAGGGGUUUGGUCAAGAAAACAAAACAAGAUCAGCACAGAACGUGAGAGACCAUGGACGGAGAGAAAAUGACUGAAGUGGAGAUGAAAGAGCUCAUUCCAGCAGAAGAACCAGACAAUAAGGAUGCAGAGAAAGGCAGCAUGGAAGGAACAAAAGUAGUUGAGAAAAAGGCAGAAGAAGAAGAAAAAAAAGUAGAAGAAAAAAAAGAAGAAAAAAAAGAAGAAAAAAAAAAAGAAGAAGAAAAAAAAGAAGAAGAAAAAAAAGGAAAAGAAAUAAAAGAAGAAGAAACUAAUGUGUACUGCAAACUGAAGAAUCCAACAGAGGAUAUUUAUAAUGUUUCAAAGUCUACUUCCACUCCCAAAGGCAAUGAAGAAGCUGAGAAAAAGGCAGACAAAAAAGAAAAAGAAAUAAAAGAAGAAGAAGAAGAAGAAACUAAUUUGUACUGCAAACUGAAGAAUCCAACAGAGGAUAUUUAUAAUGCUUCAACGUCUACUUCCACUCAAAAACGCAGUGAAGCUGAGAAAGAGGAAGUAAAAAAAAAAGAAGAAGAGGAAGACGAAGGAGAAGAAACUAGUGUGUACUGCAAACUGAAGGAUCCAUCAGAAAAUAUUUAUAUGACUACGAUGUCCAGUUCCACUCCAAAACACAAUAAAGAUGUUUACCAGAAAGUUCGUCUGUACAAGAGGAUUUCCGCUGUUUUCAUCAUCCUGACUUUGGUCUUACUGGCUGUGGUUCUUGCUCUGGCUAUGAAGUUAAAUGAAGCUCAGUCCAGUCAGAAGUGUGCAGAUCUCUCUGCUGAAGUGCAGACAAUGCCCAAUUACCCCCUAAACCAAGGGUAUCGGUGCACUGUAUGUGAGAAGGGCUGGUUGAAGUUUGAGAACUCCUGCUACUUCAUAGCUAGGACUCGUCUAACCUGGCAGCAGAGCAGGGAGGACUGUCAGACACGAGGCGGAGACCUGGCUGUCAUUGACAAUGAAGGAUUGCAGAAACGGCUAACUGAGAUAAGGAGCGUGUUAUACUGGAUUGGGCUCCGUUAUUCAGAAAAGCAGUGGAUGUGGAUUAACAAUACUGCACCAACCAAGAGCUACUGGGCCCCUGGCCAGCCACAACCAAACUCUCAAGACUCCUGUGCACUGCUAAAGGCAGAGAGGUCACAAAUGAACAACUGGAUUUCAAACCGCUGUGGGGUGUUGUCACAGUACAUCUGCCAGAGAGAUUAAAAGUGGAGAAUGAUCAACCAUAACCAUCACAUACAUCUGUUACAUUUGCCUUUAAUAUCAUCAUUUUACUCUUUUACUUAAUUUUUACAAAUGCAGUUCAUAAAUGGUAAGAAAUACAGAAUCAGUACAUGAAACAAUCCUGUUCUGUGAUGCACAAUCAAGUAGGCAUGCUAUGUAUUUUACAAGACUGAGAAAAUGAGAAUACAAGUGUAGUCAUUGAAAGUGACUCUGUGCUUAUAUUACUCUUAAGUUGUAAUGCUUUUAAAUGCACUGAUACUUUGCACUAUUUUUUAAAAAUAACUUUGCAGAAUGUAUUUUAAAAUAUAUAUUAUAAAUAUAUACCGAUAUGUAGCUGAUUUUAAAAUAAGUAGCGAGAUGAUGGUUUUUUUUCAGUGAUUCAAUUUAAAAAAGAAUAAAAUUUCUAAUUUUUCACCACAAAACAUUCACUCAAUAACAUAAUGACAUGAAGUUGUACAGAAUCAAUAUACUUCCAACAUGUUUCAUCUCUCAAACAGGUUUCAUCUCUUGAGCAUGUGAAUGCUUGAUGUUCUUUGUGUCUAAAAUGAGAAGGCUGUGGUGUGUAAUCUGCCAGCAAAGCACUUAAAUAUCUUGCAUGCUUUUCAUAUCUGCUGGGUCUUGGGCCUUGGUCGUUUCUCUCACUUCCCUCUUUCUUGUCUGUGUCAUCAUAUUUUGUGAACACAACAUACUGUCUGAUCUUUUGCAUAAUCUGGUCAUUGCAGUUCUCCACUCUGAAAUAAAAACAGUGUUAAAUGAGGGUUUAAACUAUGAUUUAUAUGGUAAUAUCAUGAAGGUGAUCAAUAUGGUCAUGAUUAUAAUAUUACUGGCCAUCAUACUUGUGUUCCUUACAGGAGAUACCGGUGGUCUCCCAGGCCGUAGUGCAAACCACACAUACCCAGCCUUGGUUAUAAACACCACAGCAGCUGAUGUUCCUGAAUCAAAGAGGUGGCUAACACAUACACAGAACCCACAGUAAACUAAACGAUCAUUCAAAAUGACACAGUAAACUACAUUCAGUGCCACAAAUCGUUGUCUAAAUUUACAUUCGGUUUAGUUUAGCCAUUUCUAGUUUUUUUUUACGUUUAUACUUACCUGUUCAUCUCCUGUGUCACCGUGUGUCACUCAUCAUGGCCCUAAGGAGGCAGAGGAGGAGGAGAUGGGACACCACACUGAAGAAGACCACAUGCACAAUAGUGUGGUCCACAGACUAAUCAGUCAUUCCCACAGUCAGCUCAAACAUGGUGAAGAGCAUAAUGGGCUACAUUGCUGGUGUGGAUAGAUGGUCAUGUAUACAGUCCACUGAUUUAGAGUUCAGAUGGGGAAAUUGCAGGUUAAGAUGAUGUUUUGCCUCUGCCACUAGGUGGUGGACAGGGUCAAAUGUCUGAAAUAGUUUGAAGUAUAUUUUAUGGGUAUUUGAGGCAUAACAAUUAGCAACAAGAUCGACUAGACUUGGCAGUGAAGACAUAUUUUUGAAAAUGUCAUACAAUUUCUGGAUUCAUUUACAGUGCUGUUUAUUACAGAGUUUAGUUUAUGUGUGGAAAAUCCUAAGAGGGCAGUUUCACUCAACCACAUGAACUUGAACUGAUAUAAAUAGUUCAUAUGAUCCAGUAUCAACCAUGUGAGAAUUUUCAGGUUAUAAACCUGGGGCUCUGUUCUGUUUGCUGUUCAUAUAAAACAGUGGUGGAGGAGCUCACAAGUGCUAAAUAGUUAUAUCAUACACUUUCUGUCAAACUGUCAAUCAAAGUAGUGUGUUUGAUAAUUUAUGACCCUCUGUGCAUCCCUGACUGGCAGGUCUGUAGGGGUGGUGAGGGGGGUAACCCUAUGGCGUGUAUCAGUUGGUCGAUCUGGCUCCUUUGUGUCUGGGGGUGUUGUGGAGAGGUGUGUGUGGGGGAAAUAGCCCCCCUCCCAACAAAAGGUGUUUAUGUUAAUGAGUUUGGUUUUUGGUGGGGUGAAAUACGUCUGAAAAGAAAUAAUGUUUUUAAUAUGGGGAUGUGUUUGUGCUACUGUGUGGCCUUAUUUCGUUUGUGUAAACACACUGUUAGAAAAGCAUGAUGUUUGAAUGUGUACAUAUAUGAGUAGAAUAUUUGUUUUGUGAAAUAAAUGAAAACAAUUGUU